AUGUCAAUGUCGGUGGUAUUCCCGUUCACAUGCAAGCACAGCGCCUGGCAGGACUUCGCAGCCUCGCUUCGUCAUGUGGGAUGCAACGUAAUCCUUGCGAAAGGAUUUCUCGCGCAUCACAAAGUGCCGGAACUCCCAACUAGUGCCGAUGCCGCGCGCGCCUGCGCCCUUGACUCCAUGAGCUUUUUAGAAAAGCUGUCCAUGGCGGCCGGGGAACCGCUGACCUACGUGGUCCCGGCAGCUGCGCUGGCCGUGGCUUUCUUGGCCGUGGCUGUCGAGGCCUGCGUGGAGUCGGCCCAACGUGGCCAACACGUGCCUUUGCCAACAGAAGACUCUGAGCCGGAGGCAUCAAGCUUUCUCAAAGGUGCCAGGAUCCAGGUUGCAAAGGCACGUACAGAGGGCAAGGGCCGGAAGCUCGCCUUCAGAGCCCUGGAAGUUGUGGUGAACGGCAGCCUCUUAGGCGGUAUGGCCAUGAUCAUUGUUUGGUGGCCCGUCUGGCUUGUCAUACUUGCUGCUGUUUUUGUCUAUCCAGCAGCUUGCCAGUACGGUUUGCUGCAGGUGGUCCAAGUGCCAGCAUUGGCAAUCGCCACACCUCAGGGCCGCAGCUGGCCAAGCAUGCUGUGCUCGCUCGUGCUCGUAGGACUGGUAGCAUUAACCUAUAUUUGGGGCAUCGAGAAGUAUCCGAAAAACCCUUUGAUGAACGAUAUAAAUGAGACCAUCAUUGAGCAGGUCUGGGUUUCAAGGACGCUCUCGGAUGACGUAGAAGCACUGCCCCUGCUGCCCAAGCAAUACACCGCUUGGGCUGAAAGCCUGCGGUGCGUGUCAGCACAGAGUAUCUUCGUUUGCCUUCUCUGCUUGCAGGUCGUUUGUCUGCUUGUAUACGUCAUAGCAUUGCUGCUGGAAAGUAUCAGAGUGGCUGCUGGCAAUACGGCAACAGCCACCUACCAUGGAAAUGAGCCGGGGCCGACACUUUCUCGGCAGCUUGCAAACACCGGCUUCGAAGCAGUGCAGCACAAGCUGCCCAAGCUGACCAAAGUGCAGUGGGAGCAGCAGCACUGUUUCGACGUCGAUGCACUGAGAAUUAAAGUUUGUUUCAUGGCGCUGGACGUGCUGCUGGACGCGAUCACGAUUUUCAUUCUUCUGGGUUCGAGGACUGCUUGUCUCAUGUUAUGGGCGUUGCGAUUCUUCCAUUUCCUUGAGCUGCCGUCCAACAGGCAGCCAGAGGUCGCCUUUUGCCUGACCUUCGUCGUCGCGAGAAGUACAAUUAAGCAGCUCUCAAAUCUUAAAGGCUUCAAGAAGGCGGGGCCAGCAGACAUGUGCAGCCGGUGCGAUGAUUUCAAGCGAGUGACUUUCCAAUGCUGCCAUGAGAACUUUGCCAGUGAACUCAGCCCUGGCGUGGACAGGUGUGGCAAUCAUGUCACGGAACUGCUCGAGGUCUUUGACGAGCAGAAGGGCGCCGAAGCCUUCUUCAGCCUCAUGAUCACAUCGUACAGCUACGUUUGGUGUGUGCAGUCUGCGACAACAGCACUUGUACAGUGCUUUAGCUUACUCUUAAGCGUCUACGGAUUGGCC